GACCCCCGACAUCAAAGUUAGUUUUUAAGUGGACACCUGAAACUAUCAUCCUUGGAAAUCCUGUCAGUGUUAGCUUACAAAUGGUAGCACCUGUCGAUAUUGAUCACGGCAAAGGGAAGGCAACUGUAUACAUUUCAGGACAAUCUGUGCCAAUGUUUGGAUUUUCCUUUGAUGGCGGAUGUGAAGACCUCAAAAAGCGAGGCGUUGUCGGGUUGAGUUGUCCUAUCAAAGCGAACGAUAAAAUCAAUGCGAGCUACAUUGUACCAGGUAAAUCAACACGUGCACUCAUUGACGGCCAUUUCAUGCUUGAAAUAAAAAUAAAAAAUGACAAAGGAGAAGAAUUCGUCUGUAUCAGGAUGGAUGCCUACGUCAAAAGCGGCGUGGUGUAA